AUGAGAGGUCUCUUGUUCUCGACCGUGGCUGGCCUCGUCCAGCUCAGUGCCGCCCAGUCUUCCACUACUCCUUCUGUACCAACUGGAACACCCAUCACGGGCGAUUACAAUGGCACAUACCGUCCUCAGAUUCACUUUUCUCCUCCCCAACAUUUCAUGAAUGACCCCAAUGGCAUGUUCCGCGAUGCUGAUGGUCUCUGGCAUUUAUACUAUCAGUAUAAUCCCACCGAUGUAGUCGCGGGCAACCAGCAUUGGGGCCAUGCAACGUCAAAGGACUUGUACCACUGGGUGAAUCAGCCCAUUGCGCUCUUCCCACCGGAGAAAGACACUUAUGUCUUUUCUGGAAGUGCUGUUGUUGAUGUCAACAACACGUCCGGAUUCUUCCCUGACCAAGACAAUGGUGUAGUUGCGAUCUACACUCUAUCAUCGCCGACUGUCCAAGACCAGGCAAUCGCCUAUUCGCGAGAUGGAGGCUACACGUUUACUCCAUAUGCCAAUAACCCCGUCAUCAACAGCACAUCUACUCAGUUCCGCGAUCCUAAAGUCAUUCGCUACGAUGACUCAUGGAUCAUGGUCGUUGCCUACCCUCAAGACUUCAAGAUCGGCAUCUUUGAAUCUGACAACCUCAAGGACUGGAAGCCUACCAGCAAUUUCUCCCACCAUGGCCUUCUCGGUCUGCAGUACGAGUGUCCAAACAUGAUCCCCAUGCCUUACGUGGAUGGGGACGGUAACAAGCAAGAUGAUAUGUGGCUCAUGGCUAUCAGCAUCAACCCUGGUGCGCCAUUAGGAGGUUCUAUCACUGAGUACUUCCCUGGUACUUUCAACGGUACUCACUUUGAGGCUGUUGACGCUGCUGCACGAAUCGCAGACUUUGGAAAAGAUAACUAUGCUGGGCAGUGGUUUUAUGGUCUUUCAGAGGACGAGUAUCCUGUUUCUAUUGCUUGGGCUUCCAACUGGCAGUACACCAGCGUCGUACCUACAGGCGAUGAGGGUUGGAGAAGUGCGAUGAGUCUUCCUCGUGAGAACUACCUCACCAAGGCUAAGCGCGUUGGCUGGAAGCUUGUCUCCAAGCCUUAUGACCUUAGCCCUGUGCUGGGUCGUGAGCUCGCCUCCAACAGCAGCUUUGGCAACGGAACACUCAUUGUUGACUACUCCGAUGUUGAAUCGAACGCUAUUUACUGGGAAGUCAAUGUCACUGGCAUUCCCGACGGUGGAAUUCCCCCAACCUCUUCUAUGAACUGGACGUUCUCAAGCCCCAUCACCAACGAAGCCAUCAAGAGCGGCUACUACCUCGGCGGCGACCCCGUGUUCUUCCUCGACCGUGGUGGUGUCAAGGGGUUUGACAAUAUCUUCUACACUGAUAAGACCUCCCUUGGCAGUCUUGCUACUGAGAACGGCACCUGGAGCCUUAGCGGUGUCAUUGAUAGGUCUAUUUACGAGGCUUUCCUCAACGAUGGUGUUGAUAGUGUUACCAACACUUUCUUCUCCACAGAGCCAUUGACACUCAUGAUAUUCAGCGCAACUGACUUGCCCGAGGAUGUCAAAGUUAGUGUCAAGGUUCAUGCUUUGGAGAGUGCAUGGAAGGAGAUGGAGAAUGAUGAUGGACUUGUGGCGGGAAACAGAACAUCGAGUUCAUCAUAG